UGCGUCGGUAAAGAUCUUCACUGCAUGUCAAUGGAAGCCCUUGUGCUGUUUUUCUCUGCUCAGGACAGCGAGGGGCAUCCCUCCCGGGGAGCUGAGCGGUUGACUGCUGUGCUGCGCUCCCUGAUUCACGGACCCCAGCGCUCUGGCAGGAGCCCUUCAGCCCUCCACCAGCCUCAGAGGUUUGGCCGGGAUGCCAGGGGAGCUGUGGGUGGCGAGGAGCUGGUAGAGUCUCGCGGCAGGGAGGCCAUCCCGGCACAGUUCUGGAGCCUGGCGGUGCCACAGAGAUUCGGAAAGAAGUAAACCCAAACAGGCACCAAUCCGGGAUACUUGGCAAAACAGAAAUUCAGUUCAUUCCCAAACACCCAGCUCAACACGCUGUAACCAAUAAAACUCCUCGGCUGACCCCUGUGUGUGUGUGUGUUUUGUUUGUUGUUACUCCUGUAGGGACAGUACCUGCAAACCAGUCUUCAAAGGGGAGUCCGACACCAAUGAAGAGCGGUCUGCGGGGUUG